UUCGCUGGAUGGAGCUCCAGGACUCCCAGCUCUGAGAAUGCCUGCGGAAUGAUCGCCCCCCAGGGCGGCUGGCUCUGCUGCUGCUGCUGCUGCCGCCGCCGCCUCUGCCUCCACUCCUCUCUGACUGGCAGGCGGAAAGUGAAACUCACAGAGGAAGGAUUCUGCAGCGAGUGGAGUGGCUGGCUACGGAAAAGAGAGUAAAGAGCGGGGGAUAAAAAUUAAAAAAAAAAAAAAAUCACCCCAGAUCAAAAAUGCAGGCGACGUCCAGCCUUCACAACCUCCUGCUGCUGUUUCUGCUAGCCGGAUUAGAUCCUUCUAAGACUCAGAUUAGCCCUAAAGAAGGAUGGCAAGUAUACAGCUCUGCCCAGGACCCGGAUGGGCGAUGCAUCUGCACCGUGGUGGCCCCAGAACAAAACUUGUGCUCCCGGGAUGCCAAGAGCAGGCAGCUCCGCCAGCUGCUGGAAAAGGUGCAGAACAUGUCUCAGUCUAUAGAAGUCUUGAACUUGAGAACUCAGAGAGAUUUUCAAUAUGUCUUGAAAAUGGAAACCCAAAUGAAAGGGCUGAAGGCCAAGUUUCGACAAAUUGAAGAUGACCGGAAAACACUGAUGACCAAGCACUUUCAAGAGCUGAAAGAGAAAAUGGAUGAGCUCCUGCCCUUGAUCCCGGUCUUAGAACAGUACAAAACAGAUGCCAAGCUGAUCACACAGUUCAAGGAGGAAAUCCGCAACCUGUCUGCCGUGCUCACUGGCAUCCAGGAGGAGAUCGGAGCCUAUGACUACGAGGAGCUGCACCAGAGGGUGCUGAGCUUGGAGAGCAGGCUGCGCGACUGCAUGAAGAAGCUGACAUGCGGCAAAUUGAUGAAAAUCACGGGCCCCAUUACAGUGAAGACAUCUGGAACUCGAUUUGGUGCUUGGAUGACAGACCCAUUAGCAUCUGAAAAAAAUAACAGAGUCUGGUAUAUGGACAGUUACACUAACAAUAAAGUCGUGCGUGAGUACAAGUCAAUUGCAGAUUUUAUCAGCGGGGCUGAGUCAAGGACAUACAGCCUCCCUUUUAAGUGGGCAGGGACUAACCACGUCGUCUACAAUGGCUCACUGUAUUUUAACAAAUAUCAGAGUAAUAUCAUUAUCAAAUACAGUUUUGAUUUGGGAAGAGUACUUGCCCAGCGAAGCCUGGAGUAUGCCGGUUUUCACAACGUGUACCCCUACACCUGGGGAGGAUUUUCUGACAUUGACCUCAUGGCUGACGAAAUCGGACUGUGGGCUGUGUACGCCACUAAUCAGAAUGCGGGCAAUAUCGUCAUCAGCCAGCUUAACCAAGACACCUUGGAGGUGACGCAGAGCUGGAGCACAGGCUACCCCAAAAGAAGUGCGGGGGAGUCGUUCAUGAUCUGUGGGACUCUGUACGUCACCAACUCCCACUUAACGGGAGCCAAGGUAUACUAUUCCUAUUCCACUAAAACCUCCACAUAUGAGUACACAGAUAUCCCGUUCCAUAACCAGUACUUUCACAUAUCCAUGCUUGACUACAAUGCAAGAGAUAGAGCUCUGUAUGCCUGGAACAAUGGCCACCAGGUCCUGUUCAACGUCACCCUCUUCCACAUCAUUAAGACUGAAGAUGACACAUAGGCAAACAUACUCGAUUGUAAUCUCUCAGAACACCGCCCUUUGUGAUAAACGCUAUAGGACACUGUCUGGUUUUGUUUUCAACAUUUCUCCAAAGCAAAACAUUCUAAUGUCUAUUUGAUGUUUCACAAAACAGUCUAAGUUAAUGCGUUGGAAACGUUUCUCAACUCCUAAAUUCACAAGGCCUAUCUAUCAUGUCCUUGUCAUGAAGAGCGCUAAAAGAGUUCAAGUGGCUAAAGUCAUAGUUUUGCAAAAGAUUAAUGAUCUGCCUUAUAUUAGAGUCUAAUGGUGGCUUAAAUGCAUGAAUGUCUUUUUUUAUAGUGUCAUUUUUUUUUUACUAUCUUUUGCUCCACAUCAGGAAAUAUUUUCAUAGGAAUUAGAGUUUAAGAAAAGGAAAGCACUUUCCCUCAAUUUAUUUCUAAAAAAAAUUAAAGGGUUUUAUUUAUAUGAAAAAAUAAUAUUAGUCAUUUCGCUGUUAACACAAUUCUCUGAUGCGGUGCUGGACAGUCAUUUUUAAAUCUCUUGCUAACAUUGCAUUGGCAAUAUGUAUUUCUACCAUUGUAACCACCAUUGUGCAAUUGUAUUUCUUCACUUCUGUGAAAGUAAUAUUUUUUAUAAAAAAAAAAACACUGAAAUUUAAUUUCAGUAGUUAUUUGAGUCAAUUAUCAAGUGUGGUCAAGAAGGAGCUUCUUGGCUUAUUCCUUUGCAUAAGCAUUAUAAACUAAAAAGAGAAUCAAACCAGGUAUACAACAUAGAGACCUUAUUUUAUUCCUAGUUUAUCAGAGCAUUGACAUUUGACUUUGAAAAUUGGUUCAGCGAAGACAAAUUACUAUUUUUACUGAAAACAUCCCUGUAGUUGCUUGCAAAAAAAAAAAAAAAUGUGGCUGAUUUAUAAGAAUUGGAUUUGACCCCAAUCAUUUUAUUUUUAUUAUUAAAUAUAUUAGGGAUUCAACUUCCACUUUACAUACAAUGUGCAACAACAUCAUUACAUAUGUCCUAAGUAUAAAAGUAUAGGAAGCAGAUGGAAAAAUCUUACGGAAGGAACAUUUCUGUAAUAUCCUCCAGAUUUAUAACAUGAGGCAAUGGAAAUGUAUUGGCAAACUUAUGCAGGGGGGAAAAAAAGUAUGAAAAGACUUGAGAGUUUCUAUUUGCUUCAGAUGUGUAAAUAACCAAUUUGGAAAGUAAUAUGAGAAAGCAACCCUUACUACCCUGCCUCUCAGUAGGUACAGAAAUCAAACAAAAAAAAAAAAAAAGAAAUCCUUAAUAACAUUUAUGUUAAUUCCACAAAAUUAUAAUACUAUACCAAAUGUCACUGUGUCUAGAUGUACAUUCCACAUCUUAAAAAGAAUUCCUCUAAAGCAGGUUGCAAACAAUUUUUUUCAGUCUAAAAAGGCUCCUCUGCCAGUGUGCUAUGUAUGUCAGUAGGAAUGUGGUAAAGGUAGGGAAGCAUGAGUUCUAGGCUACAUGAGGCUACAGUGUUUUAAAAAAGAAGAGUCUUCUAUAAUAAACCAUACAUAACUUAAACUGUUGUUAAUGUUCACUUUCAUCCACGCAUAACACCAGAACUUUCUUUGUGAAAUAAGAACAUAAUAACUUAGAAAAUGGCAUCAUAUAGCGAACCUCAAAUGUUUUGGGUAAUCAUCUCAAAUUUUACAUCUGAAACAUCAUCCUCAAUGAUCUUCCUAUCAAAAUUGGAAAGAAAAAAAAAAGUCCUAUCCCUGCCUCGGAAAUGAUAAGGUUUCAUAAAGGUUUAUUUGUAUUGCGCACGAAAAGUAAGCAUGAGCUAUCAAAUAAGCACCCUGCAUCCUUCUACCACACUGUCUUCUCUUUGGAAAAAAUUCACACAAGUACCCAUCUGUGACUGAGACUUAGGAAAUUUAGGAGACUCAUUUGUCACAGCACACAUACCACCAAAAGUAAUCAGUCCAUAUUUGUAUAACAAGUUCGUAUAAGGAGAAACAAUCAUGUCAUCUUCAGAAAGAAAUGCAUUUUUAGGUAGGUGACCAUCUACAGGUGUCCUUAUUUUUUUUAAAGAGAUAUCACAUAGUAAAACAUCCAUUCAAAAUAGGGAUGGUCAUGGCUUAUUUGUGAGGUGUGCAGCUUGUACAGAGCCUUAGUGUUUUCUGUGUAAGGUUUCAUCACCAUAUUCAAUUUACAGUGUAUUUGCUGUGACAACAAGCUAAGAUUUUAUUGUCACUAGACGUGGGGGGCAACAUGAGCUUAAAAUACGACUUGUAAUAAACAUUUACAGUUGAAAAGCAUUUUUCUUAAUAAAUUAUGUUCAGUCUUGUGCCUGAAAUAAA